UAACCUUUCUCGGAACAACCAUAACCUCGGUCGUUCAUCUUCUUCUUCUUCUUCUUCUUCUUACGCACGACUGUGUUUCGCGCUGAAGCUAACCCCAUUAUGACCUGACAUAGCGGAGAAGCUUCAGCAUAGCAACCCCAUAUGGCCUGAUCUCUCUAGGUCAACGACCUAUGGCGAUUAAGGAGAAGCAGGUCAACGCCCACGACGCUCCGGCCAUUACCUUCGGAUGCUGGAAAUCCAUGUUCCGGAGCUUCCUCUGGCUUCUCCUAGCUCCGCCCCUGGCCGCAAUUCCUUCCCCUUCUCGGGCGCAGUCCCGGACCCCGCCGCCCUUGCCGGUCCUGCCCAUCCCGACGGCGCAGCAGCUGGCGUGGCAGCUGGGGGAGAUGGCCAUGUUCCUCCACUUCGGGCCUAACACGUUCACGAACUCGGAAUGGGGGACGGGAGACGCGCCGCCCUCCUUCUUCAACCCGACCCAGAUGGACGCUGCCCAGUGGGUCCGCGUCGCGAAGGAAUCGGGCUUCUCGCGCGUGAUCCUCACUGCCAAGCACCACGAUGGGUUCUGCCUGUGGCCCAGUGACCUCACCGACUACUCCGUGAGGUCGAGCUCGUGGAGGAACGGGGCUGGGGACGUGGUUGCGGAGCUAGCGGCCGCCGCCAGGGAGGCUGGCAUCGGGCUGGGGCUCUAUCUGUCGCCGUGGGAUCGGCACGAGGAGUGCUACGGAAAAACGAUGGAGUACAACGAGUUCUAUCUGGGGCAGAUGAGGGAGCUCCUCACUAGAUAUGGAGAGAUUAAGGAGGUGUGGUUAGAUGGGGCGAAGGGAGAGGGAGAGAAGGACAUGGAGUACUUCUUCGAUAGCUGGUUUAGUCUUGUCCGUCAGGUCCAGCCUGGGGCCGUCAUUUUUUCUGAUGCAGGCCCUGAUACUCGGUGGGUUGGAGAUGAGGCAGGCAUUGCGAGUCCCACGUGCUGGUCUCUCUUCAAUAUUAGCGAUGCUGCAAUUGGCGGAACAGAUCCUCAAUACUCGAGGAGAGGGGACCCAUUCGGGCACGAUUGGGUCGCCCCCGAGUGUGAUGUGUCGAUCAGAGGGGGUUGGUUUUGGCAUGAGAGUGAAGCCCCGAAGUCCGCUUUGACUCUCCUCGACAUUUACUACAAAUCAGUGGGCAGAAACUGUCUCUUGCUGCUGAAUGUGCCUCCCAAUGUGUUGGGUCUCAUAUCCGACGAAGACAUAAAAGUGCUCCGAGAGUUCCAUGAGCUUCGAAGUUCCAUUUUCUCUCAUAAUCUCGCAAAGACUGCCCUUCUCAAUGCUAGUAGUACCAGAGGAGGGAUCUACAACUCUCAAUAUUCAUUGCAAAAUGUUCUUGUCGAGGGCAUCUUUAGCUAUUGGGCCCCUAGGGAGAACUGGCCCUACUGGGUAUUAGAACUGCAAUUCGAAAAGCCAGUGUCCUUCAAUGUUCUGAAGGUUCAGGAGCCAAUUCACAUGGGGCAGCGGGUUAUCGAGUUCCACGUCAAGGUCUUGAGCAAGGAAGGUCAAUGGAGAAGAGUGAUCAAUGGGACGACUAUAGGGUAUCAGAGGCUUCUCAGGUUUCCGACUUUGGAGGCAAAGCGAUUGAGGUUUGAGAUUGAAAAGUCUAGAGGUGACCCACUUAUCUCUUACCUGGGUGUCUAUUUGGACACGUUCCUGAGUCUCAGUGAUUUAUCUCGUAAUAAUAGUUCACAAUUAAAUAUGAAUGGAACCCUUGUCAUUGAGCAGAUGAGGAGUAAACGUUCUCGUUCUGCUUCUGUGUCCUAUAAGUAAAUACUUGUUGCAUUCAUCAAGUGAACUAUCAUUUCAAGUUUGGGAAUCUUGUCUAUUUGACGAAUAAAAUUAUUAUUUCUUUGAAACUCA